AUGGCAAGACCAGAUAGAGAAUCCUGGACGGUUCCGGCCGUGAACAACGGUUCCGGCGGCGUUUCAUGCGAGUUUCUCCCGGCGCUCGGCGAACCCUUCCCUUCCCAUGGAAACAUCAUCAAUCCUUUCGACUGUCGCUACAGGUGGUGGCAGGCGUUCCUGAUCGUCCUGGUGCUGUACUCGGCGUGGGCGUCGCCGUUCGAGCUGGCCCUGGAGAGGGCAGUCACCACUCCGCUUCUCGUCGUGGACCUGGUCGUCGACGUCUUCUUCGCCAUCGACAUCGCCGUCUCCUUCUUCGUCGCGUACUUCGACAGCUCCACCAACCUCUUCGUCUACGACCGCAGGAAGAUCGCCACGAGGUACCUGACACGGCCGUGGUUCGCGAUGGACGUGGCCUCGACCAUUCCGUUUCAGAUAAUCUACCGGCUGGUGAGCGACAAAAGCACCGGCUUGAGGUUCCUGAAUAUUCUCCGGCUGUGGCGACUACGGCGCGGCAGUAAACUCUUUGCAAGAUUGGAGAAGGACAUAAGAUUCAACUACUUCUGGACCAGGCUCAUCAAACUCCUCUUCGUGACUCUGUUCGCGUUGCACUCGGCAGCGUGCAUCUACCUAUGGAUGGCCUUCCACUACAAGAUCAAGGAGCGCACGUGGCUGGGCAGCCAGGUGAGCGACUUCCCGGACCGCAGCGUCUGGGUCUCGUACACCUACGCGGUGUACUGGUCCAUCACCACGCUCACCACGGUCGGCUACGGCGACCUGCACGCCGCGAACACCGGCGAGAUGGUGUUCGCCAUCUGCUACAUGCUCUUCAACAUCGGACUCAACUCCUACAUCAUCGGCAACAUGACCAACCUCGUCGUCCACGCCGCCACCACCACCUUCAAGAUGAGGGGCAUGGUGCGGCGAGUCUCAACGUUCGGGAGCGUGAACCGUCUGCCGCGGGAGCUGAGGGAGCAGAUGAUGGCGAGCGCGCAGCUCAAGUUCAACACGGCGGAGGUGCUCCAUCGGCAGCUGCUGUCCGACCUGCCGAGGGCGCUGAGGUCGGGGAUCGCGCAGCACCUGUUCCGUGAGACGGUCGAGCGCUGCUACAUGUUCCAGGGAGUCUCCGACAACCUCGUCGUGCAGCUGGCUUCAGAGAUGAAAGCAGAGUACUUUCCCCCGAAGGCGGACAUUGUGCUGCAGAACGAGACCUCGACGGACUGCUACAUCAUUGUGUCGGGUGCAGUGGAUGUGUUGGCAACUGCAGAGGAUGGGACGGAGAAAUUUGCGAUGAAGACAGAGCCACAUGGCAUGGCAGGGGAAAUAGGGGUGAUCUUCGGGAUCCCACAGCCGUUCACCGUCCGGAGCAGGAAGCUCACGCAGGUUGUGCGCAUCAGCCACAGCCAUCUUCUGCAGAUACUCCGUCCUAACACUGCAGAUGCGGACACUGUGUACGCCAAUUUUAUUCAGUAUCUUAAAUCUCUGAACGGACAGGUAGCAGCGGAAGCACCAUUUUUCAGGGAAAUCCUGUCUAACACAGGCCUGGAUCAGCUUCAAAACGGUGUCAUUUUUCAGAAGCAGCUUCAGAACGGUGUCGAGACUAUUUUGAGCCUGAAUGCCAGGCUUGGCACUGAGGAACACGAAGAGACCGCUCCCAACAUGUUGCCGCAUCGAGAACCCAAACGGCGAGUGGUCAUCCACGAGUACUUUCCCGGCGACGGGACCGAGAAGCCUCGGAACCGUGCGGCGGGGAAGCUCGUCGCCCUUCCGGAUUCGCUGCAAGAACUGAUGAAAGUUGCCGAGGAGAAGUUCGGGAAGGCGGUGAGGAGGGUGCUCACCGUCGACGGCGCCGAGGUUGACAACGUCGGCGUGCUAAGAGACGGAGAUCACCUGGUGUUGUGUUGGUAGAAUGGUAGGAUAGACCAGUCGCAGCAAGUCGUACAUUCACACGCAAAGCGUUUCAUGACAUCCUACUCCCAAAAUUUUACGCGAGAGAAUGGAUGAAAAGAAACUUCUAUGGUGUACUUUUAAGGUACAAAAUGUGCCACCGAAAAUGCUGGCAGAAAAUUCUCAUAAAAUCCCAGCCAUUGUGAG